CUGUGGAGGGCAUCCGUAAGAAGGAUAUUCAGGAAAUUAAGGCCAUGCGAAAUCCUCCUCCUGCAGUCAAAAUGGCUCUUGAGGCCAUCUGCCUUCUGUUGGGCGAAAAGUCAACAGACUGGCGUCAAAUCCUAACCAUUAUUGUAAAGGAUUCUUUCGUCCCAAGUAUCCUCAACUUCGACACUGAGGAAAUCACUGAUUCAAUCCGCGAGACAAUGAAAAAGAAGUAUAUUGAAAACCCUGAAUUCAAUUAUGAAAAGGUGAACAGGGCCAGUACAGCUUGUGGACCAAUGGUCAAAUGGGCUAUUGCACAGAUUGGAUAUGCAGAUAUUCUGAAGAAGGUGGAACCUCUACGAGACGAGUUAAAGGCUCUUGAGGACGCGGCUAGUGCAAACGAAAAGAAAGCUGAGGAUGUGGAAGCAACGAUAGGCGCUCUCGAAAAGUCGAUUGCCAAAUACAAAGACGAAUAUGCCGUCCUAAUUAGCCAGGCCCAGUCAAUCAAGGCGGACUUGGCCUCAGUUGAAGCCAAGGUUGAGCGCUCAGUGGCUUUGAUCAAGUCAUUGAGCAGCGAACGUACACGGUGGGAGGCGGGCUCAGAGACAUUUAAGUCUCAAAUGGCUACAAUCAUUGGCGAUUGCCUUCUUUCCUCGGCCUUCAUGGCUUACGCUGGUUAUUUCGACCAGAGUCUGCGUCUUAGUCUUGUCUCAUCGUGGGCUGUUCAUCUGAAUGCUGCCGGUAUCCAGUUUAGACCUGAUCUGGCUCGUGUUGAAUAUCUAUCGACUCCCGAUGAGCGACUGCGUUGGCAAGCCAGUGUUCUGCCUGAUGAUGAGCUCAGUGUUGAAAACGCCAUUAUCCUUCGCCGAUUCAAUCGAUAUCCCCUUAUAAUCGAUCCAAGUGGUCAGGCGAUCGAGUUCCUUAUGGAAGAGUACAAAUCAAAGAAAAUUGCCAAAACCUCUUUCCUUGAUGACGCUUUUAGAAAGACCCUUGAAUCUUCGCUGCGGUUUGGAACACCGCUUCUGGUACAAGAUGUUGAAUCAUACGACCCAAUUCUCAAU